CGCCGAUGCAGGUGUCAGUGGAUCCCGGACCGAUUGAUCCUUCAGUCCUGACAUUGCAGGCCACGCACCGGAGCGAGGAUGUGUGGCAUGGCCUGGAUGUUCAGGUAGAUAGGUGUCGUGAGCACCUACGCAGUAUAUUCCACACGGGGGUUGACGAUAGGAUUCUACAUUACGUUCGAUUAGCUGGGUUUUAUGGUGUUCACAGAUUAGUUUCGACUCUGCAUAUAGAUAGAGCAUUACUUACCGCUCUACUUGAGCGUUGGAGGCAGGAGACUCACACGUUCCAUUUACCGGUGGGUGAGGUCACGAUCACAUUAGGAGAUGUGGCUGUAUUGGCAGGUCUACCGAUCGAGGGUCGGGCAGUUACUGGGACUGCAUGUAGACUGUGGGUUGAUUUGGUACACAGAUUGUUGGGAGUACGGCCACACCCUGGGACAGAUAUUCGGGGGUCCGCCUUGAGGAUGGCUUGGUUGAGAGAGCAUUUUGUUGGUUUACCUGCUGAUGCUGAUGACGAUGUUGUGCAGCAGUACGCGAGAGCCUACAUUCUGAUGCUUAUGGGAGCUUCCACGUUUGCGGACAAGAGCGGGAAUGAGGUGCAGGUCUUGUAUUUACCCAUUCUAGAGUCUUUUGAUGUAGCUGCAGUUUAUAGCUAGGGUAGUGCGACUUUAGCAUACCUAUAUCGGCAGUUAUGUCGAGGUUGCCAUCGUGAUGGUGGAGAGAUGGGUGGGUUUUUAUUGCUCAUACAGCUAUGGUCAUGGGAGCACAUUCAUAUCGGCAGACCUGUCAUACUGCGAUAUCAUGGGGUAGAUGGUGGUCCUCUUGAUGAUGAUAUGGAUCAGCACGCUGUACUUGGGCCACAUCAUGUUCGUGGCGAGGAUCCUUUGGGUCGUAGGUAUGUUUAUGAUUUUUUUUGUAUGACGUACGUGAAUCCCUUUUAUAUUCUUAUACAUUACAAUGUGUCAGAUGGCUAUUUGCUCAUGUCACGCGCACGUCAUCCGCUGCUGGAUUAGGAUACUACCGAGAUGCUUUAGAUCGCUUGUGUGAUGAUCAGAUGACGUGGAUGCCGUACACUGAUGAGAUUCUAGGGCGGUUGCCUCCUGUAGCCCGAGAGCACACUGAGAUAUGGCGAGCACGUGUGCCCUUGAUAUGUUUUGAUGUAGUGGAGCAUCACUUUCCUGAUCGCGUACUACGCCAGUUCGGGUUGCAGCAGGUUACUCCCGGGCCUUGUGAUACAUCUGUGGAUUUGCACAAGAUUGAUAGACGGGGGAAGCACACUGAAGAUUGGGGGAUGCGCCAUAUUCAGUAUAUCACUAUGUGGGAUGAGAGAGCGGCGUAUAUAGUGGACGGGAUCCCAUCAUUAGUCCCCACAGCUUCUGUAGACUACAUGAGAUGGUAUUACACCAUCACACGGGUGUUUAUCUCUCCCAGUUUUCGUUUACCCACUGAUCAUUACCAGCCUAGCUCAGUCGCUCUUCAUAUGACG